AUGACUGCAGAAACGAUAUAUAAGCACAAUAUUCACAAUUUAGCGACUGCAUUACACAUUGAUGAACGACUUCGAGAGCAACAUUUAGGUGCCCUUGAAAAUCAACCAUGGACACCAGAAACAAUUCGUAAUCGCCAACAAAAAGACGGGGAAAGCCUCGAUGACGUGGCUGAACGUGCAAAAGAUAUAUUAAUAGAAUUAUGGGACAAGCAUCUCAAAUCCAACUCAGAAAAUGCUCAAAAUAUCGCAAUAGUUUCGCAUGGAAUAUGGCUAAACGAAUUCAUCAAUCUAUGCUGUAAAGAAGCAUCACCUUCACUUCCUUUGCGAAGUAAUAAAUUUACCAACACCGGAAUUACCACCAUACAACUUGCACGACUAAAUUCAAUAAAUAAUAAUCAUUGCAAUGGUGAUGUUGAGAUAAAUAAUGAUAAUCUUAGUGAAGAUGCUGAGAAAGAUGGGAAAUUGGGAUUUUACAUGAGAAUUAUACGCGAAAACCAUAAUGCACAUUUAAAAGGAAUGAUCAGACAACGAGGUAUUGGAAGCGCUGCAUUUGAUGAAAGACAGACUCAAUUAAAGUUUUUUAAUAAGAGUUCCAUGAUUCGAGAGAAUCGAAUUGAAGGAAAACUUGUUGGAAAGAUUUCCAAAACUAUUGUAGUACGAGGAACCGAAAUAAAUCCUCUGAUACUUUAUUAA